AUGGCUCCAUUGAACACCCACAAGCACACAACUAGCGAGCACGAGCAGCGUCAUGGUGCCCGCACACACUCCAAGAGUAAGGGGGCCGCUGUCAACAAGGACAAGGCCACUGUGAAGCGGCUUCCCGUCACCUUGCUAUCUGGUUUCCUCGGCGCUGGCAAGACGACGCUUCUCAAGCAUAUUUUACAGUCCAACGCGCACAAGUUGCGCAUUGCCGUGAUCGUGAACGACAUGGCGGAACUUAACAUCGACGCCAAAUUCAUCCACAAUGGCGCUGGCCUCGUCCAGACCAAGCAAGAAGUUGUGUCGAUGCAAAACGGGUGCAUCUGUUGCACCUUGCGGGGGGACCUCGUCCGCGAAAUCGCCAAGUUGCAACGCUUGCACGCGUUCGAUUACCUCGUGAUUGAAUCGACGGGCAUUGCCGAGCCGCUUCAAGUUGCCGAGAGCUUCACGUUUGAUCCGGCGACCGCCGAGUUGGCCGGGGAAGGAACCGACAUGCUGUGGGACUUGGCCGUCCUCGACACUUGCGUGACUGUGCUCGAUGCGGUGGAGUUUCCCACGAUGCUACAAUCCACGAGCCGUUUCGAUCAAGCCUUCCCCACAGAAGCCACGGACGAUCAAGCGGAGGGCGCCAAGCCGAUCAGUCAGCUGCUCAUCGACCAAGUUGAGUUUGCCAACGUUAUUAUUGUGAACAAGAUGGACCUUGUGCAAUCCGCGACCGAUCGCGCCGCCGUCCUACGACUCGUUCGGACCCUCAACCCGACGGCAAAGGUUGUGGAAACCACUCAUUGCGUUAUCGAUCUCGAGGACGUCGUCCACACGAAGCGGUUUGACUUAGAACAAGCGAAAAACUCGGCAGGGUGGAUGGAGUCGCUGAGACAAGGCACUGGGAUGAGCGAGAAGGACGAAUACGGCAUCGGGUCAUAUGUGUUUCGCGCGCGGCGGCCAUUUCACCCCGAGCGCUUGCACAAGUGGGCGGCGCGUCGGUUCCGGUUCAAGUCAAAUGGCCACUUCGACCACAUGAGCGACGCACCGUCCGCCGCAACCGAGAAGCUUGACGAGGGGGAAAUCUUGCGGUCCAAGGGGUUUUGCUGGAUUGCCGGGCGCGACGACACGAUGGCUGAAUGGAACCACCACGGCCGUCUGCUGUCGAUCGCGCCCAUUCAACCGUGGUGGUGUGUGGUCCCAGAAGAGGACUGGGACGUGACCAACGACGACGAAAAGGAACAGAUCAAGAGCGACUUUGAGGAACCUUUCGGCGACCGAAAGCAAGAAAUCGUGCUGAUCGGAACAAACCUGAACGACGCCAAGUUGAGUCAGAGCUUGACGGCGUGCUUGCUCACGGACGACGAGCUAUACCAGCACGCCCGAGGUGUCGCCGUGUCGAGCCACCGAUUCAAGUGCACGAAGCGGCCGUUCGUCGAUCCCCUUCCUGCUUGGGUCGAGACGGUUGACGCCGCCCAAAUCUGGACUACUGUUUUGCGCGACCAGCAAACAGCACAGUUUGAAGUCGCUCGCAAUGUCGAGCUCAACGUGAACGCGAUGUCGCUGGUGGUCAAGACCCCCCACCACGUCAGCGGGUACCCCGUCGAAGUCGACGAGGAGAGUCUCCCGUUCUCGUCCGUGCAAGUCUGGUACGAGAACGACGUUGGAGACUCGGUGAUGCUGUGUGCAUUGCGACCAAACGAAACCAACGCGUCGGUCGUGACCGUGCCAGGGAACCAAGUGAUUCAUCGUUUGCGAAUCCAGCUAGUUGUGAAUGGCAAGAAACGGAAGCAUGACUUGGAAGUCCUGAUGAAGCAGUGGGCGAGUUGGUUCGAAGUGCAUGUUGUGGCUGACGUGCGGGUCGUCGCAGAAGACGAAGACGACGAGAAUCGGAGUUAAUUCAAACGGGU